AUGCGCCGUCUAUCCCUAAUCUGCCUCCUUGCCCCCCUCCUGCUCCUGACGGAGCUUGUCACGAGUGCACCGUCCGGCCCACCCCAGGACAAUCAUCGCCGGUCGAGCAAGUCUCUGCGGCUCAAAACUCGACGAGUCAACAAGCCCGCUCUCCGCCGACGUCAAGAUGACAGUGGUGAUGAGUUCUUGGCCACGACCGGCUGGGAUCCGAAAGAAUUCCAAUACGAGAUCUCAGUGGGAUUCGGCACCCCUCUGCAGGACAUCUUGCUUGUGAUUGACACGGGCAGCUCCGACACAUGGGCAUUCCCGCCGGACUUGUGCAGCAUCACUCCUGGGUGCUUUUGGUCGUUCGACCCGGACCAAUCUAGCACGUACGAACUGGUCAGCAAGGACGCCUUCACCAUCGAGUAUGAGGAGGGCACCACCGUGGCGUCGGGGGACUUUUUCACCGACACACUGAGCUUCGAGAGCGGCGUCCAAGUCGACGACGUGCAAUUGGGAUUGGCGACGGCCAUCACGGGGAAUCUGUCAUGGGGCGUCAUGGGCCUGGGCUUCGACACGGGCGAAUCCAAGCCGUUGUACCCCAACCUGAUCGACAUGCUGGUCAAAUCCGGCACCAUCGACACGCCGUUGUUUAGUCUGUGGUCGUCCUUGAUCGGCCCGGACAGCGGCGGGUUCAUUCUCUUCGGCGACGUCGACGAGACGGCCUACAAGGGCGACAUCACGUGGAGGCCGAUGGUCGCCGACGAGGACGGCACGUACAAGGACUACCUGAUCACGCUGACUGGGUGGGGCACGACGGCCUCGCCGUCGAAGCAACUCACGACGGUCUCGGUGAACGUCGACCUGCUGCUGGACUCGGGCACCACGAACAUCGUGCUCCCACCCGACAUGUACAACAGCCUCGUCGGCUACCUGCCGUUCACGGUGGCCAACAGGAACGUGGACUGCACGGUGCCUCCGGGUUCGGUCGACUUCUACUUCGGCGACGACCUGAAAAUCUCGAUCCCGUUCCAGAGCCUGGUCCUCCCUACCCCGGGGGCCGCGACGGGCUGCGCCUGGGGCAUGGAGCCCGCCAAGGACGGCGACUGGCUUAUUCUGGGAGAUACCUUUUUGCAGAACGCCUACGUCGCGUAUGACCUGGCCAAUUACCGCUAUGGUAUUGCGCCGACGAAUUAUGGGUAG